AUGUCCUUGGUACCGACUACAGGCGCUGUGCUCAUUGGCAUCUUCAUCUCGAGCGCGCGAGUGCUAUGGGGACUUAUGACCUCGCAAGUAUAUAUCUAUAUGCAGAGAAACUGGAACAAGGAUACGUGGCGCCUGAAGUCUUAUAUUGUCUACAUUUGCUCCGACGACGUGAACACAGGGAUAACGCUUCUACGCGUGGCGUUUAUGGAUUCGUUCGUGCUCUUAUGUUUAACACCGAACGAGCCGCUGAAAUUAUCGUUGUUCGAAGUCAGCAACAAAAACUACAUCCUAGUUGGCGUGGUGACUAUUCUAGCAUUCGCUCACUUCGGAUUAGAAAUGGCUGUCAUGGCGUUGACAUUUGUAUUCCCGAAGUUCUCGCAAUUCCGAAGGAUCACAGGCUAUUACACCGGAUCCAUGGCUGUCGCAGCCGCAGACGAUAUUAUUAUCGCACUCGCAAUGACCUACUACCUGAGCACUCGCCGCACAGGUAUCAGACGAACAAACACAUUGGUCAACCGCAUUAUCACAUAUGUUAUCACGACUGGCGCGCUCACCAGCGUGAUUGAUAUCGCCAUCCUCAUAUGUUUCGUCGUGAUGCCAGACAAUCUCGUCUAUCUAAGCAUGUAUCAAUUCGUGGACAAUCUUUAUGCAAAUUCUCUUCUUGCUAUGUACGUUGUUCUCUCCAUAUUCUGGGCACAUCGGUUCAUCCAGGUCAUCAACACGAAUCCUAGGCUUAACGCCCGCGAGAUGCUCAGCCAGGCCUCAUAUGGCAGUACGACUAUCGCGUUUUCCAACAAUUACCCGCUCUCGGGUGUACGCGUUCAAGUUCAGAACAAUAAGGUGGCUGAAAGCUCGGGAGAGGAACCUCGCAGAGGUCUGGCGAACGAUGCAAUCGCAAGUCAGCUCCGAUUUGCGUCUGAGGAUGCAAGUGAUGCCACGAAAACAUUUAACAACUCGUUCUACGGCGUUGUUUAA